AUGGAUUAAUAAAUAAAAAAAGAAGAUGAGGAAUUUUAAAUAGACGAAAUACAGUAUUAGAUAAGUUCUGCAAAAGUGGAUGGAAAAGAAUACUAUUUGUAUGAAUACAAAAAAGAACUUAACAAAGAUGAGAAUGACAAAUUAACUUAAUUCUUGUCAAAAUUAGAAACUGGAUUAAAAGGAGAAGAGGGAAUGGAAGGUGUCAUGAGUAUUUGUAAAGGAUGGAAGAAAGAAUGUGAAAAAAAGCAAUUUUAAUGA